AUGGUGGCUUUUAUCGGCGCGGUAAUCUGCAUCAUAGCUGCGGUCCACAGUGGCUCUCCAGCAGCCGCAGCAGCGCAGCCGUUGUCCGAGAAUCAGUCACUUUCCCCGGAUGCAGGGCUACAGACCUUCGCUCCAGGAUCUGCAGCUCGGACUGGACCGCUGGACACUCUCCGUGGUACCGAUGUUGGUAGCAGAGAGAGUAGCGGACCGGAGGCACCGACUUUUUAUGGCAUAAACGGUGUGGGCACCAGGAGAAACGGGGAGCAGGUGACCUACAGUAGGCUUAUUUGCACCCCGGUACCCGCCGGAGAGUGCAAGCCGAGAAACGUUCAGCAACAAGCCGAGGAUCCGUCACUGUAUGCGGAUGAAGACUGGGGUUAUCUCCGCACUACAGCCGAGGAACUGCGGCAGACAGUGUUACAGCAAAAAGACGAGAUUGUUAGCGACCAGCGUACUAUACGCGAGCUGACCGGGAAGCUGUCAGAAUGCGAGAAGGACCUGGGCGGACGGAGCGUGCCGGCCAAGAGCGCGGGGCUGUGGGGAGGCAAAAGAGCAGAACGCGACGCUUCAGUGAUGCGCGAUGAGGGACUGACUCAGGUGCCAAAUGCGCGUGCAGUUGAAGAGCUGGAAAAAGCCAUCGGUGAGAUGAGAGAGCGCAUAGAGAAACUGGAGUUUGAGAUGGGACCCUUGACACUCAACUUUACCGAGGCAGGGCAGAGAGGGGCAGGAGGGCUCUCUGGCGCCCCCAGCAGGCGAGUGGAGGAACUGGAGGGAGAGUUAAAGAAAAAGGUGCAGCAGCUGGAGAAAGAGAGGAGAGGUCUACAUUUACAGAGCCAUAAUCACCAAAAACACAUCGACCAUGGGAUUGGUGAAGUCCGCCAGCGCCUGACACGGCUGGAGCAGGGUAAGAGAGACACAGGUCUCGCGCUGUUGUUUCCACGACGUUCUGACUCCAUGGUCGUGGUGGUGAAUCGACCUGUUGCAGAACUACAUGCUUUUACUGUCUGCUUGUGGCUGCAGCCUGGUGAUGUCGGCAUGGCGACGCCUUUCUCCUAUGCUGUACCUGACCAGACAAAUGCACUGGCACUUCUGCUGGGGAUUGGCAGCCAAUCAGAGCUCAUCAUUAAUGACCAUGGGGAGCAGCUGUCUUUAAACGUGUCUGUGGGUAAGUGGCAGCAUAUUUGCGUGAGCUGGAGCAGGAGAGGUGGAGUGUGGCAUGUUUAUCAGGAUGGUAAACUGACAGCAGAGGGGAAGGAUCUGGCAACCCACCACUCCAUCAGACCAGCAGGCACACUCACACUGGGACAAAAACAGGGAUUCCUCAGGGGCGGGUUUGAUCCAGUUCAGUCUCUGGUUGGAGAUCUGUCCCAUUUUAACCUAUGGGAUCACCGCCUCACACACGCUGACAUCACCAGACUAGCUCACUGCAGCAGGGGAAUUCUGGGUAAUGUGGUCUACUGGAAUCACCAUGAGAUGGAAUUGUUUGGAGGAGUCACACUAGAGCAUACACAACCCUGCAGAGCCCGGCAGUGA